AUGAUAGUAAGAUUUUUAAAUAGAAUUAAAUAUAAUUAUGGAAUAAAUAAUUAUUUUAUGUUAUAUAAAUUUAAUAAAAUUAUUUAUUAUUUAAAUAUAUUAUUAUAUAAUUAUAAUUAUUUAUUAAAAUUUUAUGUUAUUAGUAUAUGUAAUAAGUAUUAUAUUUUUAUUAUAUUAAAUAAAUAUUAUAAAAUAAAAUAUUUUAAAGUGUAUAUUAAAUAUAAUCAGAUAUUUUAUAUGAAUUAUAAUAAGUUAUUAAAUUUUAUUAAAUUAAAUAAGUAUUUUAAAGGAUUAUUAAUUUUAUAUUCAUUUAAAUAUAAAUUUAUUACACAUAUAUUAUCUUUAAAAUAUAAGAUAGGAGGUAUUUUAAUAUUUUAUAUUUGUUAA